AUGAAAGGGAAGAACAAUCUGCAGACCAUUCUCUUGAUUUCUCUUGCUAUGUCUGCAACUCUCUGCAAUUCGCUCCCUCUUUCAACGAGGGGAAGAUGGAUAGUGGAUAACGCGGCUGGGGGUCGUGUGAAGAUGGCCUGUGUUAAUUGGGUUUCUCACUUGGAGCCUCUGGUCACAGAGGGCAUUCACGCCCAGCCCGUAGAACGCAUUGCUGAGACGGUGAAAGCAAUGGGGUUCAACUGCAUCCGGCUCACAUAUGCGACCUUCAUGUGGACGAGGGCCGACUAUAACAACAGGACUGUGGCACAGUCUCUUGAUUCCUUCAACCUCACCCAAGCCAAGGAAGGAAUAGCUCGAAACAAUCCUAAGCUGUUGAAUCUCCAGAUAAUCGACGCCUAUGAAGCUGUGGUCAAUGAGCUUGGCGCACAUGGGCUCAUGCUUGUGCUUGAUAACCAUGUCAGCAAGCCCUUGUGGUGCUGCGCCAGAGAGGACGGAAACGGGUUCUUUGGAGACGUGUACUUCGACCCCAAGGAGUGGAUCAAGGGUUUAACCGACGUCGCCACCCGGUUCAAGAACAAUCCUCAGGUGGUGGCUCUGAGUAUGAGAAAUGAGAUGCGAGGAGCGCGUUCUAACGUGCCGGAUUGGUAUCGGUACAUGCGAAAAGGAGCAAAAGCCAUCCACAAGGCCAACCCAAAGGUCCUGGUGAUAGUUUCAGGGUUGAAUUUCGACAAGGAUCUUAGCUUCCUGGGGCGCAAGCCAUUCGGGUUUACGCUAAACAACAAGGUGGUGUUUGAGGCACAUUGGUAUACGUUUGACUUCACCCAGCAGUGGCAGCAGCUUCCACCGAACCGGGCUUGCCGCCAGCGGGCAGAUGAGUUCCAGAGAGACGCAGCCUUUCUGACCACCGGAGACAAGGCAGCUCCUCUUAUUAUCAGCGAGUAUGGCAUUAACUUACAAGAGACGAGCCAGGUUGAUAGCCGAUACUUCACCUGCUUCCUGCCCACUGUAGCUGAGAAGGACUUGGAUUGGGCUCUGUGGACUCUGCAAGCCAGCUACCAUUACAGACAAGGGCAUGCUGGGGGUGGAGAAUCCUAUUCUGUGCUGGAUUACAGCUGGAGCAAGCCACGGUAUCCACAAUUUCUAGAGAAAAUGGUCAUUCUCCAAAACUUGCUCCAAGAUCCAAACUCAAAUGUUUCACCAUACUACCUACUCGUCCAUGCACAAAGUGGGUUUUGUGUGAAUGUGAAACAUAACGAUGUGGUUUCUGUAAAUAGUUGCAGGAAGAAUAGUAGGAAUAUCAGAUGGAACCAUGAAGGAGAUGGAUCACCCAUCAAGAAGUUGGACCGUAAGCACUGCCUCAAGGCUGUUGGUGAUGGGGUUCCUCUCACUCUCUCCGAUGACUGCUCCAGCCCAAGGGCUACCUGGCAAUUGGUUUCAGACUCAAUGCUCCAAAUCGCUGCCAUGGAUGAGCAAGGGAACCCACUGUGCUAA